AUGGCGGAUGUUUACACAGAUUUUCAAUCAGAGUCUUCAGGAGACCCACCAGAAGAUAACACUGUAGAAGAAGAGAGCGGAGAGAAAAAACAUACAGAUCAGUCAUCUGCUGUAGACGACUCCACAAAGGCCUGGUCAACAACCCCUCAAAAUCCAUUUGCACCACGACCUGCUUUGAAGACCGACAUUGUUUCUACUGCCUCACAUCACCAUCACUUUCCACCAUCAGUCCAUUUAGCCCCUAGUAAAUUUAGUGCCAACCAACCAGGUGCAGUAUCAGGAGACACAGAUUCUGACGAGGACAAAGGUAGCUCAGGUCAAAAGUCUUCCAUUCUGUUACCAUCCAGACUAGGUAUACUUAAUAAGGCUGACACAAUGCCUAGUCCAUCAAAGUGUCUACUGCGACCCUCCCCACUAGCAGUCCAAGUCCAGAGUAUGAAACAAAAGGACGAGAAGGACACAGAACAAAAAGAGAAAGAAAACCAGGAGACAGUGGAUGGCGAGGAUAAUCAUAACAAUGGAUCUGGUGAUCAGCCUGUCAAUCCUACAGGUCUGCCUGGUUACACAGUAGAAAACUACUUUGCUGCUGCCUUGUCGGGGAAUGAAAAAUUACCAGACUCUACAACAGAUGCUGGCGGUGGUGCUACCUCUUCUGAGUUUAUAUUUGGUCAAAACCUAACAGACCGUGUAACAGGUAUACAAACAUCACCUGGUAAUAAAACGUCUCCUACAUCAGAUGGUGGUUUUGUUUUUGGUACAAAUCUAGCAGACCGUGUAGUGAAAACCGAAGGUGCAGAAAAGAAAAGUGAAAGAAACCAGUUAGACUCGGAUGAUGAAUCUGAAUUAUCAAAAUCUACAGGUUUAGAAAAAGCAAGAACAUUGGAAGAGUCGGCACGAGAAUUUCAAGCCAAGCAUGAUCGAAGGCCAGAGUACAAAGAGGUUGAGGUUAAAACUGGGGAAGAGGACGAGUCUAAUGUAUUACAGUCGACUGGUAAAUUGUUUGUAUUUGAUGGACAAAAUCAAAGUUGGAUCGAGCGGGGAAGAGGUCUGCUGCGAAUAAAUGAUCAGAGGUCACCAGUCUCAUCUGAGUUCCAGUCACGACUGGUGAUGAGGACACAAGGUAGUCUAAGGGUAAUACUCAACACCAAAAUUUGGCCAGGUAUGACCAUCGAGAAGGCAAGUCAGAAAAGUCUAAGGAUCACUGCUACUGAUGGAGAGGACGGGAUCAGAGUAUUUCUCAUUAUUACAAGUCCAAAGGACUGCGAGAACAUCUUGCGAGCUGUGGAUUGGCGGAUACAACAGCUGAGAAUGCGAGAAGAACCGGCGAAGGAUAACAAGGGAACAGAAAAACGGAAAGCAGAAUCUGAUUCCACCACAGAUGAAUCAAGCUGUAAAAAAGCAAGGUCUUCAGAUGAGUCAUCAGUAACACCAUGUAACACAAAGAGAGAAGAGUCGGAUAGCAGUGUGCUAGACCCUGAAACUGAUGUGUCAUCAGAAAGUUGUACAUCAUCAUCCUUAACUGUCAGGUCAGAGUCCGACUGAAAACUGAACGUUUGAAUAUAUUCAUCGUUGACUGACAACUAAAUGCUUGAAUAUUCAUCAUGGACUAAGAACUGGAGAAUUGAAUGUUCAUUGAUAACAGAGAACUGGGCAUUUAAAUAUUUGUCAAUGCAAAGCAGAGCAAGUCCCUAAGAGUUUGUGGAAUGGAACACAUUGGAGACAGGUUCAUGAAGACUUCACAAGAGUUUGGCAACAAUUCAAAUAAUCGUCUUUCAAACAACUGAUGUUUAUCCUGUCAAAUACUGUUUUAGUGCUUCAGGUCAUGCGUAACUAUUAUACCCCAACACUCCCUUCAUACUUACUAAAAUGUUUCACUUUCUGAUCUACAAAUGAAGGUUAGGUGUAUUGAAUUGAAAUUAAAUCAUAUAUUAGUAAAAUGUUAAAAUAUGAUAAAAUGUGUAAUGUUUUAACAGUUUUCUUACUAAAAUAUCACUUUUCAUGUUUUUAUUGCAAUUCAAAUGUCAAUUAAUUUAGAUGUUAAGAACUAAUGUAAUAUGUGGAUCAAUGUCAUAUUGUUCUGCUUAAUAGGGAAAUCUCGGUGAUCUUUUUUAUGCAUAUAUAUAUGUUUAUGUAGGACCUAUUACAGAAGAAUUUCGGUAGGACUUUCCUUAUAUCAUUUGAUAUUUUGCCAUUUUGAAUGAAAAAUGGUAAACUUACAGCAUUCAACAGGAAAAUUGGAUUUCAACAUUGUAUUUUCUGAAUUACAUGGGUCAGUUUUGGUACAUAUGUAUAUGAAAAUAUAUAGAUUGUUAUAUAUAUUUUCUUAAGUUUUUGAAAAUGCUGCUGUUCUCCACCAAAAAAAGACAAAAACAGACAAGUCGUUGAAAAAUAUAUUUAAAAAAUCAUUGAAUUCCACCAAUUUUACCCUUUUAAUUACUUUAAUUACCCAAAAUGUAACUGAAAAUGGCACUUAUUUUGACUGUUCAUAUAUUUUAUAUCGAUCAUGAAUUCAAACUUCGAAGUAUUUGAUGAAUGAGGACCUAGAUGUUUUCUUACCUCUCAGAACAAUUAUCUAUAAGAAAUAUCCUCAAAGUAAUGGGCUAACAAAAUUAUUCCCGUAAUAUCAGAUUGUGAAAUCUGAAUAGUAGAUGUCAAAUGUCAUUACCAAUAUUUGUUGUUGAAGAAGACUGAUCAUUAUGCAUUCAGUCAGAAAGUCAGUAAUUCUUUUGAAAUAUAUUUAAUUGGUGACAUGAAAUGUCUUACAUUGUUAUCAAGAAUGAUAUCAUCAUGUGACAUCAAACAAUGGAUAGAAGACUUUUUUUAAUUACUUAUACAAUGGACUCCUUAGAAGGUGCUGAAACUUGUACCUUUACUCUGUAUCAAGUGUUGAGGGAAUCAUAUAAGUCUAGCAAUUGACUUUUCUUGUGAUUUUUUGAUUGGUUGAAUGUCACAAGUUAUUGAAUCAGAUAGUUAAUUGGUACCGCAUCAGCUGUUUAUAGAAUAAAUAUCUUUCUAGGUCAACAAUAAUACUUCUGUUUUCUUUGUUUUACUUGCAUUUGCAGUAUCAUUUUUGUUCGCAUUUUUAUUUUGGAACCCUCCCCCCCCCCUCCCUCCUCCAAAAGGAAUAUUGCAUUGGAUGAAGCAUAAGUCUAGGUCUCUUUACUUUAAUCUGUAUUAUAGAUAUUUGUUAACUCUGACUUGUUUGCCAACUUCUUGAUAUCAGUGACUCAGUGACAGUGUCAUGUUCAUUGAAUCUUUUUAGAUAUGGCAUUGGUGAAUGCAUCUGUUAACACUGGAAUCUCCUCUUAACACCGUUCAUUGGUAAACCAGGUGUUCAAGAAAUUGUUGAUAAUCCAUGUAAAAUGUGAUAAAACCUGCUUGCAAAUGCAAUGAUCUAAAAGAUGUAAGUAAAUACUUACAAACAUUUUUACUGUCUUUUAUACACUGCAAUUAUGUUGAAAAAGGAGGUGAUAUUAGUAUUCAAAGUUGUUCCUACAUGACCAGUCAAUUUAACAAAAGUUUCCUGAUGAAAGGAUUUUCAUAUUUGGCUCUGGUUAACUUCUCUUGCAGGGAAGACUUUACCAACAUGCAUUAUUUAGUUUAUUUAUACUAAUGCUUUGUUAAAUGUUCAUUAAUGAGUUACCAUCAAUAUAUAUACUUGUAUUGAAUAAUUUAUGACUGAUGGAACAAAUUACACAUAUUUUCAGAUGCAAUAAUAUUAGUCAACAUGUUAAGUUUUUUAAAGGGUUAUUGUAUUUAACACCAUUCAUUCAGUAUUAAUUUUUUGCACUUUUUAUGUAAACUUUUGUUUAAGUAAGCAAAAAACAAAUAGUGCCCUCAUUUUAAUUGAUAUGUAAGUACAGGAUUUGUUUCGGGUGAAUAAAAGUACUUAUAAACGAAGAAACAAUACGAUAACUUAAUACAGUGAUUACAGUAACUUUAAUGACCCUGUAACAUGAUUACUGAAGUGGGGCACUGACUAGCAGGGCAGUUAACAGCAAAGGAUUACAGUGUUCUGGCUCUGAUUCAAAGGGCUCUUUACAGCAAGUUAUUUAAGGGCACUAAAUGGAGGGAAGUUAACAGCCAAUGUCUGAAGAGGUCAGGGCACUUAAUGGAGGGAAGUUAACAGCCAAUGGCUGAAGAGGUUAGGGCACUGAAUGGAGGGAAGUUAACAGCCAAUGGCUGAAGAGGUCAGGGCACUGAAUGGAGGGAAGUUAACAGCCAAUGUCUGAAGAGGUUAGGGCACUGAAUGGAGGGAAAUUAACAGCCAAUGGCUGAAGAGGUUAAGGCACUGAAUGGAGGGAAGUUAACAGCCAAUGGCUGAAGAGGUUAGGGCACUGAAUGGAGGGAAAUUAACAGCCAAUGGCUGAAGAGGUUAGAGCACUGAAUGGAGGGAAAUUAACAGCCAAUGGCUGAAGAGACCAGGAAACUUAAUGAGAGGGAAGUUUACAUGACAAGUAUUCAUUGACCUGUUUCAAAUAAGCUGUUUAGAUGUAUGACUUAGAUAUGUAGGAAUUAGUAGCUUUAUAUUGGUCAAAGAUAUUGUAAGAACAUAGACUCACCUCCCUGUGUGAAUUUAAUAUUGUCCAUGGGGUAACUUCCUUUGUCACAGGUUCAGUUUCAUAUGCCAAAUCAACCAACCUAUUUCCUUACAUCAAUCAGUUACUAAAAUUAACCAAAAAUCAGCCGAAUGGCCGUGAAUGUUUCGCACUAUGAAUAACUUCUGAUUAAUCCAUGUACAUGCAGUGUUGUUAUGAAAUCGUUCACAUCUGAUAAAACCUAUAAAUUGUAAAAGUUUCCUUUAUCUUGUGCCAUAUUGGUCAAUAACUGUCACAUGGGCAUGACUAUAUAUUUCCAAACUUGUGACCACAUAGACUUUAUCCUGACCCAACAAUAAACUACAGAUGUAAAGUAUUGAAAAUUUUGAAUAUUUGUCAAGAUUUGUAGUAUUCUUGCCAUGCAGUAUUGAAUUGCAUAAAAUAUCAAGCAAUAAUGGGCAUAAGGUUUUAAAGGAUUCUGUUUGUUUAUAUUACAUACAUUGUAAAACACUGAUGAGGCUAUUUUUACAAUAUGUCUAUAUUACCUAUCUUUAUAUCUGAGAUAACACAUGAUAGUGUCAUUAGGUCAAAUUAUUAAUAUUUGUGCAAGAGCUAUGACUUAUUUUAUUUCGUAAUCCUAUUAUGUAUCAAUUAGAUUACCAAGUACUGAAAUUGGGACACCAAAAGAUAUCCUGCUGGUACUAGCAGAGGUGACUAUAGGUUUUCACUCCGUCCGCCAGUCUGUACAUUACAUUUGCAUCACCUUAUUGGGGGCAAAUUUCUAAUACUCUUUCAUCAUAUAAUAAUACAAAUGAUUGUCACUUCAGGUAUUGAAGUGUUGCAUUCUGAAAUAGUUUCUAAUAACCAAUUACAAUCAGAGUGAUUGCCCUUUGGGUCACUUUGUCCGGGACUUUACUUGUAUAUAAUGUCACAUACAUUGACACCUACAGCUUCUAUAAUGGUUUUGGCCAAAGAAUUUACUUAGUGGAAUCUUUUUGUAUUAUAACACAUUCUGAUCCUAAACAGAAAUCACACAAAUUACAGAUGAUAUUCCACAAAUGUUGGUUGCAGAAUGGAAAUAAAUUUCCAUUGAUUCUUAGUUUUAAAAAUAUUUUUACAGGUGAGAUUCCUAGAAAUGAGUGCAGAUUGUGUCUAUUUCAACCUCUAGAGAAUUAUUUUGAAUUAGUAGAAGAUACAUUUUAGCAAAAUUAUAUGGCCUUAGCAUUGCAGGUGAAAGUAGUUAGACAGAAAUGCAACUUUCAAGACGGUAACUUAAAAUUGGUUCACAUGCUCUUUUGAGCAAUUGUGCUAAAGUGUCUUGUCUAGAGUUAAAACCAUUUCAUUACUAACCAGUCUGUUUCUGAACACUAACUGCCGUGGGUAAGGAGUGUUGAAUUGCUCACCUCCCAUUUUCACCUGAUGUUGCUCAUAGCCAAUGUUCUACCGCCUGAGCUACUGUGGCUUCUUAGUCAUACUUAUUAUUUAUGAACUAGUAUGCAAAUGUAGUUUAAGCAAUUUCAUGUAGUGGUAAAUCUUAUAGAUAUAUUAUGACUUAUUUUUAGCCAAGAUCCUCAGUAAUAAGUGAUAUACAUUAUGAUGAGCCCAUGGGAUUUUGAAUGCUGCAGUAGAUAGGAAAAACUGUUCCUGGUAAUGUUGUCAUUGGCUCGUUAUGUUUUAUGUACCUGGAUCAGUGGCCCUGUGGGUACAUAACAUUUCAUCUUAAUGUAUCGUUGAUUAAGCCAAUAUCCACAGUAGAUGUUGCAAAAUAUGGAUAUAUCACACACGUGUUGAGGUGGAUGUUAUGGAAACUUGUCAUUCUGUUAACAAGUUAUGAGGUUAAUUCCUGUAUAGGUGAAUGUGUACUUAAACUAUUUUACUGAAAGGUAAAUCACAUGAUUAUCUUGUACCCAUACAAAAAUAGUACCGUUUUAGAAUGCUACGUAGGAUGAUUUGUAAUUACAUUUUAAUACUUUUGAAGGUUGUUAUUUUUUAUAGGUUCUGCUUUUUUCUUAUUUUCAAAGAUUGAAUAGAAUAGUGGAAAAAAAUAACAGAAAACAAAUACCUUGAUGACAAGGGGAAAAAAAUUGAUGAAUUCUAAGAAAAAUAAAUCCAGUUUGAUUCAAGCUUAUGGAAAAAAAACCUCAACCGUUUGAGCCAUUGAAAAUAACAACCCUACUUUAAAGCAUAUACUGUACCUGGCUCAGAUUUAGUUUGUCAAAAUAUAUAAAUCUGUAAAGUUAAUUUUAUAUCUCAAUUCUAAGUUGAAAAUUCAGUCCAUCUGUGCAUAAUAUACAGUAUCAUAAAUGAAAAGGUUUAAGAAACUAAUUCGAAUUAUUCUGAUGUUCUAACAACUUUUUUUUAUUUUCAGUCUUUAUUGACUCAACACCAAUAUAAAAAAUUCAAUAAAAUGUCUGAAUAAUUCGGACUUAAGAAAUAUAUACUGAUCAAAAUGAAAAGUAAAUAAUUAUCUUCUUGAGCAGGAAUGUGACCAAAGAUUGAUGUUAAGAGUCAGAAUAUAUAGUCUGUUUAUGAUUAAUCUCAUGAUAAAGUCUUUUGUGUGUGUUCCGUAAUCAGUACAGUUUAAAAAAAUUAAUCUCCUGAUUAAUAAAAGGUUAGUUGAAAUUUUGAUACGUAAUUGCCAUGAAAUAUUCUGAGGUCUUUUUCAAGACAACAUUCACCCUUUGGCGGUUUAUAGGGAGAUGCAGGAUGGUGCAGAGUACCUGGUAAUACAAACUGAUUGGCUGAUUGUGGUGAUACACAUGUAUUCCUAAGGAACAAGAAAGUGCUUCAAAAGUGUAUGCCUCAGUACUACGUGCACAUUGGCCAUGUUUACUGUAUAAAGUCAUAUAUGUAUUUUCUGAAAUUUGGCCAUUAAAACAAUGAAAUGCCAUAA